AUGAAUGCAUUAUAUGAUUCCACUUGUGAUUUUCUUCGUGUUGCUUUGCCAGAACAUAUAACUGCAUUUUCGGUAGUUUAUCAUGCAAUGAAUGAAUUGCAAAAGGAAAGUUUAAGGCAAAUAUUUCAUCAAGCAAUUACAGCUGUCAUGCCUUCAUAUAAAGCGGGUUCGGAAAAAUACCAAAAGCUUCAAGGACUACCUUUAAAGUUUGACGAUGCCUUUGAAGGAAUGUGUAGCCUUCGGGAUUUUGAGGUUACUAGAGAGGAAGAAGAAUUAUCCACUGAGACGAUUGAAAAUAAUCUGCGAUUAUUAAAGGGAACCUUAAAAAAAGCAAGGCUCGGUAGGAUUAAAUCUUCGGAACUUUUAUGGCGCAAUCCAUUUGCAAGUCAGGUUCUCAGUAGUGAAAUGAUGGAGGUUAAGCAAUUAUCAGAAGAAGAUUAUGAGUCUUUCAUGGAGCCGGCGAAAAAUAUGGAAGCAUCUCUCCCUCACUCGAUCGAAAGAGCAUGUGAUAUUUUUUUAACAAACUACAAUGAUGGCUCUACAGAGAUACCUCCACAAAAACUUUCUUAUAAGAAUUGGAGAGAGAGCGAAGAGGUUCUUAGAGAUAUUGCGGUUAGAAUACUUGAUACUUUAGGGGGGAUCUGGAAACAUCCAGCUUUUAGCCCUAAAUUUGCUAAAACACAAAGUGAGGGGACGUACGUGGCAGAUAUUAUUGUUCCUAUUAUUCGAGCCACAUUGAAAGAUCUGCCAAUCGGAAAAUCUGCAUACGUUAGCACAGCGGAGCGUCAAAGCGUGGCUAGUAAAGACAGAAGAGGGGAGAAAGGAAAGCGUCCAGACAUUAUGUUCAUAGCGAAACAUAUGGAUAGAAUCUAUGAACUAAUGUUUGCUGAAUGCUCACGCAUUAUUUGUAGUGGUACGAAAGAAGAUGAGGAUAGAGUAAAAUUGUGGAGGGAGCUUAAUGAUGGCUUAUAUUGGACGAAUAGGGGGUGUAAAUUAGAAGAAAAAAACGAGUUCGGUAUUCUCGGGUUUCAAAUCGCGGGACAGAAUUUCAAACUAUACGUUCUUAUUCGUGAUCAUGAAAAUAUAAGCCGUCUUUUUCUCUUAAGAUCGGUGAAAAUUCCGAUACAAUAUACAAACGAUAGGAGAUUUAUAUUUGAGUUUAUAGAGGCUUUAUUAUUGAUGCGGAGAAUAUUGAUCGUUGAUCUGUCUUUGCUAUUUAAUUCUGGAACCAAUGAAAGUGGUGAAAGUAGCUCAACAGUUUCUACCCC